CUCUCUCAAACACACACCACACAUAUAGGCACAUUGAGUAUUUUGAGCUGAAAUGCUGUCUUGGUCAUGUGUCACAGUGUCAUGUCUAUGUGACCGGCCACAUAUUCCACCUACACGGCUGUUACUUGGUUUUGAACAUCUCUAUAUUUUUCUAUUUUGAGUGUAAAAUUUGAGACAAGGAAUCUUCCCACCCAACCAUUUUCCUUUUAUUGCAUGUGCUCUAUACUCAAUAUUGGGUCUCCAAAAGAGGAGAUGAUUGGAAGAAAAUAAUUUGCUAUAUAUCUCCACACACAAGCACUCUGGUCUGCAACUGAUUUUUCCUUGGGGUUCAUUCUUACAUGCUGUUUUCCAAGUUUCAAGUGAACCCAAGUUUCUAAUUUCUUGAGGCUUUUGUUGCAUGCUUUGGAAAUGGGUCAGUUGUAUAAUAAGAGAAGCUAUGUUGCAUCUGAAGACAAAAAACUGGAGCUGAGGCUUGGUCCUCCAGGAGAAGACCAGUCUCUUCUCUAUCUUAGUUGCAUCAUCAUCAACAACAAUAUUUCUCAUGAACACAAAAGAGUCUGCCAUGAAACUUUUAAAGAGAAAAAAGAAGAGAGAGAGAGCAAGUGGUUGACAAACUCUGCUCCCAGCAGUCAGUGCCAGCAAAACCCUAAGCCUUCCCAUUUUCAGUGUCCAAUGAUUUCCAAACCCUGCAACCCUGGAGUGGCAGAGUUCCACAACUCAGAUAAGAAGGCAUGUUCAGAUCCUGCUAUUGCUUCAGAGUUUACAAAUCCUGCUGCAGCUCAUGGCUCUGAUCAGAAAAGUAAAACCAGAAUUGCACAAGCUGCAGUUGUAGGGUGGCCUCCAGUACGUUCAUCCAGGAAAAAUCUUGCAAGCUGCAAAUCAAGCUUUUCGAAGCCCCUUAAUUCGGAGUCACCAAAUGAAAUUCUGCAGGAGGGGAGCAGUGGAAAAUCUGAUACUAAUUCCAAGCCUCAUAUGUUUGUAAAGAUCAACAUGGAAGGGGUUCCCAUUGGAAGAAAAAUCAACCUCAAAGCCUAUGACAGUUAUGAGAAACUCUCCCUUGCCAUAGAUGAACUCUUCCAUGGUCUUCUUGCAGCUCAAAGGGUUUGUUCUGAUGUGGAAAAAGAAGACAAGAAGGGAGAGACCAAAUCAAUAACUCAUGGCAAUGGGGAAUAUACUCUGCUCUAUGAGGAUCAUGAAGGAGACAGGAUGCUUGUUGGUGAUGUCCCAUGGAACAUGUUUGUAUCCACUGCAAAAAGGCUGCGCGUGCUGAAGAGCUCAGAGCUUUCCACUCUAAAACUUAGCAGCAGUCAACAUGAAAAGACACCACUUGAUACAAUGGAAGUUGGGAAAUGAGGCAGUUACUGAGGGGAGAGAUUUAGUCCCAUAUGAUAUAAUGGCAUGAAGCUCUGCAUAAUUAAGGGGUUCCCCAUUAAGUUUUAUCUUUUUAUUUCUAGUUAAUGGCCUAAUUAAAUCUUGUAUAUUAAGGGUUUUUGAAGAUCACUGUAAUUUGAAUUUGUGUUUUCUGUAUCUCCUUUUUCUUGUUGAAAUAUCAGGUUUAUAGCCUUUUGGGAUUCGUAAAUAUGUUUGUUCAUAAGUCAUGCUAUAACUCUCGAAACCCCCCUCCCCCAAAAAUAACAAUAAACAACAGAAGAAGAUUGCCACUA